GAAAGCGGAUCGUCCUCGGCCGGCCCGGGGCAGCCUCCGCCGCCCCUCCCCGCGCACCCACCCAUCCAUCACCCGGUCCCCCGGGUCAGGCCGGCCCGAGCGCAGCUCACACCCCGGCCGAGGAUGUUCGCCGCCGGGCUGGCUCCUUUCUACGCCUCCAACUUGAGCCUCUGGUCGGCCGCUUACUGCUCCUCGGCCGGCCCGGGCGGCUGCUCCUUCCCUUUGGAGCCCGGCGCCGUGAAGAAGCCGUCGUUCUGCAUCGCGGACAUCCUGCACGCGGGCGUCGGGGAGCCCGGCGCGGCUGCGGAGGGACUGGUGGGGGCCUCUGCCGCUGCGCUCACCGCGCACUUGGGCUCCGUGCACCCGCACGCCUCCUUCCAAGCGGCCGCCAGGUCCCCGCUCCGUCCCACCCCGGUGGUGGCACCCUCCGAAGUCACGGCUGGCUUCCCACAGCGGCUGUCACCUCUCUCGGCCGCCUACCACCAUCACCACCACCACCACCACCACCCCCAGCAGCAGCAGCAGUCCGCGCAACACCAGCCACAGCAGCAGCAGCAGCAGCAGCCUCCGCCCCGGGCGGGCUCCCUGCAGCCCCCGGCUUCGGGGACGAGGGUGGUCCCCCACCAUAGCGGCUCCACCCCGGCCCCCUCCAGCAAAGACCUCAAAUUUGGAAUUGACCGUAUUUUGUCUACAGAAUUUGACCCCAAAGUCAAGGAAGGCAACACGCUGAGAGAUCUCACAUCCCUGCUAACUGGUGGGCGGCCCGCGGGGGUACAUCUCCCAGGCCUACAACCCUCCGCCGCCGGCCAGUUCUUUGCGUCUCUAGACCCCAUUAACGAUGCAUCUGCCAUCCUCAGUCCCUUAAGCUCGAACCCGAGGAAUUCAGUUCAGCAUCAAUUCCAAGACACGUUUCCAGGACCCUACGCUGUGCUCACGAAGGACACCAUGCCCCAGACGUAUAAGAGGAAGCGCUCAUGGUCCCGUGCUGUCUUUUCCAACCUGCAGAGGAAAGGCCUGGAGAAAAGAUUUGAGAUCCAAAAGUACGUCACCAAGCCCGACAGAAAGCAGCUGGCGGCGAUGCUGGGCCUCACCGACGCACAGGUAAAGGUGUGGUUCCAGAACCGUCGGAUGAAGUGGCGGCACUCCAAGGAGGCGCAGGCGCAGAAGGACAAGGACAAGGAGGCCGGAGAAAAGCCUGCGGGCGGAGCCCCGGCCGAGGGCGACCACGACGAGCGGAGCCCGAGCCGUUCGGAGGGCGAAGCGGGCAGCGAAAGCAGCGACUCGGAGUCCCUGGACAUGGCUCCCAGCGACACGGAGCGGACUGAGGGCGCCGAGCGCUCCGCGCACCAGACCACGGUCAUCAAGGCCCCGGCCGGCAGCGCCCUGGUCCCCGCGGGCGGCGGCGGCGGCGGCGGCGGCUUCAGCCUGGGCAGCGGCGCGGGCGGCCCGGAGCUGCUCUCCGCGCCCCAGCCCCCGGCCAGCAGCGCUCCCCAAAGCCCCGAACCCGCUCCCGCGCCCGCUCCGCUGGGAGGCUUGUAGACCGGCCCGGGACGCCGCGGGCAGCCUCCUCCGGCCCACACCUCUCUGCUCGGCGGCUCGUGGCUGGCCAGGGGCUCCCAGCGCCCACCCGCGACAGAGCGGGGUUUCAGCGGCUUCCCCCAACGCUCCCAAGCUCGCCGAAUUCCUGGGACACAUGCAGCGCCCACUGUGAAGUGUUGAAUGGAACUGUGCCUACAAUGCCAGGGGGUCCUGGCAUCAAGACACAAUGACUUAAAUUUGUAAAUAAAAUGUUUACUACGGUU